ACAGUGGAGGCCCCACCCUUUGUGUAACCUACCGCCCGUCAAUCAAAAUAUAAAAACAUUCUGACACUUAUCAUCUGUUUCUGCGCGCAAACAAUCAACUCAAUCAGCUGAUCAUGUCCGGUGGCUGCUGACCAUCAGGACUCUUCGUGUCACGACGAGUCACGCAAUGACCGCCCCAGAACAGCGGAUGAAAUCAGAGGAUAUGGCAGCCUUGGACGUGGACAGCAGUCAAAGCGACUUCCUGCAGCAGCAGCAGGAGGUGGAGGGGGGGGGCAGGGGCAAUCAGGACACUCAGCCAUCACCCCUCGACCUGCUCGCAACCACCUGCACUAAGGUUGGCUCACCGGCGUCAGAGGUGGACAGAGGUGCUGCCGCUGAUGUGACAUCAGAUCCAUCUACGCAGCUUACUGGGACUGAUAAAUGGGAGGUUUUAACCCCCACAUCAGCAAAGGAUGAAUGUGGAAUGAUACAGAUCCAAAGUCAAGGAAUAUUAACUUCAAAUGGACAGUAUGUUCUUCCUCUCCAGAACUUACAGAGUCAGCCGAUCUUUGUGACGUCGGGAACGGACGCCUCGUCUGCCAGUUCAGUGCCUAACAUUCAGUACCAAGUAAUUCCUCAGAUUCAGACCGCAGAUGGACAUCUGAGCUUCUCCACUUCCGGCGUGGAGGGAGCGACUCUGACUCAGGAUGCCACGGGGCAGAUACAGAUCUUGCCAGAUGGUAGCCAGAGUCUCAGUGUGACGUCAGCUGCAAACAUCCUUAAUAACAACCAGAACCUCAUAUCACAGACUGGUAAUGUCCAGCAGAUCCAGGGGGUUUCUAUUGGCAGCUCCACCUUCAACAACCAGGGUCAGGUUGUUACUAAUGUGCCUGUGGGUUUGCCUGGGAACAUUACCUUUGUUCCUAUUAACAGUGUGGACUUGGACUCCCUUGGCCUGUCUGGUGCUCAGACCAUAGCAACAGGGGUCACUGCUGAUGGCCAGCUAAUUAUGGCGAGUCAGCCUGUGGAUGGCUCUGAGAGUCUGGCGAAGACAGAUAAUCACCUCUCACAGACACUACAAGUAAAUGACUCGAAUGCAAAUCCUGAGAUAUAUGUGCCAACGUCUUCCUCUCAGCUACACAUUCCAGCAAACGAAUCAGGUCUGCUGACACAAGACACUUCAUUGUCAACAGUAGCUACAGAGCAAGCCGACUCGAGUUCUGGGCUCCAGGAGGGCUUCAUCCAACAGAAUCAGGAGCAGAGCAUCCAGGUGUCCUCAGCUCAGUCCAUCAUCCAGCUGCAGCAGGUGCCUAUUCAGACCACCAACGGUCAGGUGGUCCAGUCAGGCGGGCAGGGCCUGCAAAACGUGCAGCUGAUCAACCCGGGAACCUUCAUCAUCCAAGCCCAGACGGUGACGCCGUCGGGACAGAUACAGUGGCAGACCUUUCAGGUGCAGGGGGUGCAGAACUUGCAGAACCUCCAGCUGCCCACAACACCACCCCAACAGAUAACCCUGGCUCCAGUCCAGACCCUGUCGCUGGGUUCCAGUCCAGUCAGCAUCAGCACGGGACAGAUCCCCAACCUGCAAACAGUGACGGUCAACUCAGUGGCCCAACAUGAAAGAGACGGAGACAACCCUGGAGACAUUCAGAUAAAAGAAGAGCCAGACUCUGGAGACUGGCAGCUGAGCACCGACUCCACCCUGAACACAAGCGAUCUGUCUCACCUCCGCGUCCAGCUGGUGGAUGAGGAGGAUCAGUUGGGUCAGGAGGGCAAAAGGCUGCGCAGAGUGGCGUGUACUUGCCCCAACUGUAAAGAGUCAGGUGGGAGAGGAUCCGGCACGGGGAAGAAGAAGCAGCACAUCUGCCACAUUGCAGGCUGCGGGAAAGUAUAUGGAAAGACAUCGCACCUGCGAGCACACCUGCGCUGGCAUUCAGGGGAGCGACCUUUUGUUUGCAGCUGGAUGUUCUGUGGGAAGAGGUUCACACGCAGCGACGAGCUGCAGAGACACAGGAGAACACACACAGGAGAGAAGAAGUUUGUCUGCCCAGAAUGUUCCAAGCGCUUCAUGCGGAGCGACCACCUGGCAAAGCACAUUAAAACUCAUCAGAACAAAAAAGGCGUGAACUCUGGCGGCGCUGUGGUGGCCUCGAUGGAAUCCGCGGGGUCCUCAGACAGUAUCAUCACCACGGCAGGCGGGACCACCCUCAUCCUCACCAACAUCCAGCAGGGUUCCAGCAACGCCCAGGACAUCCUGGCCAACGCAGAGAUCCCUCUCCAGCUUGUCACCACGGUAGCGGCCAGCGAAGUCAUGGAGUGAUUUACACUCCGCUUAUGAACUUCUACAACCUCUUUCAUACUGUAUACUCCUACCUGCAUUUUUAUUCAAGUUUUGAAGAAAGCUAAAAUUAUAAAUAUAUAUAUAUAUAUAUUUUAACACGGAAAUAGUCAAUCCAUGUGAGUACUCAGUUUUUACCGAGGAAAAACUAGUAGUGGAGACUAAAAGAAGAUAAUGGUGGAAAAAGACAUUGCAGUAAACACACAAGGAAAUGCCUUAUUUUGUACAAUAUUAUGUCGGAAAGGUAGGAUGCCAUUUUGCUUUGAAUCUACUUAUUUUUUGUUAUGUUGUGUUUUUCACAAAAAAUGAUUGGUAAGUUGAGCAAUUUUCUCCUCGCCUUUUCUUUGAUGGUAUAUUCUUAUGAUGUCUCUGGUAAGCAAGGUUUGUUCCGUAUUCCUUUGAGCGAAAGACUAAAUCUCACAACAGAGCUAAUUUUAUCCAGCUGAAGUAAUGUUAUUGCUUACGUCCAUGCGAAUUUACUCAUUUUUUGUUUCUAAAUAUUAUGCAUCUUUUUUCUCUCUGUUGCAGUCGGUCUGCUUGCAACUUAGGAAGCCCUCCUUCUUCCUUUUUUUUUUUUUUUAAACUUUGCUCACACCUACUACAUUUUGCAGGUGAAAAAUCAAAACAAUCAAAAUUUUGUAUUGUAAAUCCUCUUUAACAUAUACUGUUGAUAUGAUACACAUUAUUUGCUUAUUAAAUAUUUUGACUGAACAGCUAUUUAUAUUGGGCUUUACAUAGGAAAAGCAUUUGUGAUAUUAGAAGUCCCAAAUAUUUCAAAUGGCUUCAUUAUAUGUAAUUCAGAUGUGUUUUUGUAAAACCUUUUUCGGAGGACUUCAAAACAAAAAACAUGCAUUGUGAUAUGAAGAAGAAAAAAGCCAUUUUUUGGAGGUAAUUGCCAAAUUUGACUACAAACUCAGGGUGACUUGUGACUGUGUGAUAUAAGUAGAGUAAAUCACCCCUGUAGCUUCUCGGGCCAUGGUGGGGUGUUGUGAAGAAAUGUUAUUUGAUGGACCAAAAGCUGAGGUGAAUUAAGCUGUCACCAUGUUACCUAUGCUGGUUGAAUCCUACCAUUUCUUUUUUUGUUUUGUUUUGUUUUUUUACAAUAAGGACGACCCCUGUUCAUGUUAUAGAAAACAGCUUUGCAGAAUUGUUGACCUCCAUCAGUCCUAUCACGCAGUUGGAAAAAAAAAUCAGUGUAUUACUGAAAGCGGUACUCUUUUUAACAGCACUGUUCUCAUCACUUUCAUCUUGUUGUUAAUCCUUUUGUAUGAAAAAAAUGUUUUGUAUACUUCCCAAGAAACUGUCCUUUAUAUUCAUUGUCAGUAAAUGUACAAUGUUUCUGUCUUUGUGUUGACACGUUUUCUUUCACUGUAUGUUGCAUUUCCCUGUUCCAUGUUAUUAUGUGUUUUUAUUUUAUCUCUGAACUCCAAAUGUUGAAUUGUUAAAUUGAAUACACAUACGCACUGAACAGUGAAUUAUGGUGGCAUAUUUGAUUUGGUUAUACUUACCCUCUGAGUCAGAUAGCAAGGUGCUACUGAAACAUUCGAAGAGCAUCUUUAUAUUGUGUACUAAACACUGAAGGUUUAUUCUCACUUCAAAAUCUUCUGUAUAAAUAUGUCAAUAUAACAUCAAUAUAAACCUUUCUGUUACACAUGAA